UUUCCAUGCGCACGUGUGGCGGGAAUACCUGAGCGCCACAUGUGAACGGCACCCUCCCGCCAAAGUCAUUCCUCCGAGGCGGGGACAGCCGGGGACUCUAACCCGUGACUCCCGCAUCCCCACCAUGUCCCGCCAGCGGCGGACGAAAGGCGCGUGAAAAUGCCGCGUGGACCGGGCGACCCCAUGAGACUCGUCGACGCUCGGCACCUCCCGCAACUGAUGCCCCUGGAGGAGCCGCAGCCCGCGCUGGGGGCCACCCUGGGUCCGCGCAACUCCACGCCGGCGGGGGAGGAGGGGGUACCCGGCCAGCAGCACCAGUCCUUCCCCUGGGCGGUGACGCUGUUGGCCGGCGUGCUCAUCACCACCAUCGUGGUGGACGUGGUGGGAAACCUGCUCGUCAUCUUGUCCGUCUUUAGGAACAGGAAACUCAGGAAAACAGGAAACGCCUUCGUGGUGAGCCUGGCGCUGGCCGACCUGCUGGUGGCCAUCUACCCGUACCCGCUGGUGCUGACGGCCAUCUUCCACGACGGCUGGAUCGCCGGCUACAUCCACUGCCAGAUCAGCGGCUUCCUGAUGGGCCUGAGCGUCAUCGGCUCCAUCUUCAACAUCACGGGCAUCGCCAUCAAUCGCUACUGCUACAUCUGCCACAGCCUCAAGUACGACAAGCUGUUCUCCGGCGCCAACACCGUGUGCUACGUGGCGCUGGUGUGGGCGCUCACCGUCCUGGCCAUCGUGCCCAACUGGUUUGUGGAGUCGCUGCAGUACGACCCGCGCGUCUACUCGUGCACCUUCGCCCAGUCGGUCAGCUCGCUGUACACCAUCGCCGUGGUGGUGGUGCACUUCAUCCUGCCCAUCGCCAUCGUCACCUACUGCUACCUGCGCAUCUGGAUCCUGGUCAUCCAGGUGAGGCGCCGCGUCAAGCCUGACUCACGGGCCAAGAUCAAGCCGCACGACCUGCGCAACUUCCUCACCAUGUUUGUGGUUUUCGUGCUCUUCGCCGUGUGCUGGGCGCCGCUCAACCUCAUCGGCCUGGCGGUGGCGCUGGACUCCCGGCUGGGCCGCUCCAUCCCCGAGUGGCUCUUCACCGCCAGCUACUUCAUGGCCUACUUCAACAGCUGCCUCAACGCCGUCGUCUACGGCGUCCUGAACCACAACUUCAGGAAGGAGUACAAGCGCAUCGUCCUCAUCAUCUUCAAGUUUCACUGCUGAAGCGGGGGGCAGAAGGCCCGCAGGGGGCGCUAACUAGCGAGGGAACGGACACAUUAAGGGGGAAGGACACGUAUCGGACGUUGCUGAGAUGGGGAAGAAACUCGAGUGUCUUCUAUCAAGCAUGAAAACUGAUGGUUCCCACAAGAUGUUUACAAAAGGGACGCAACACACCGGUGCUUUUAUCACGUUGGCAGCAAACACUUGCUCAUUUUCUUUGCAUGAGAAGAAAAUAACUUCUUAUUUCUGCUCCCUCGUGCUGCAUACAUGGAAGCUGGGAAGUCGGUAGCCGUGAGACAAAUCUUAAAGACUAACCGUGGAACCCGUUUCAGUCGACCCCGGUCUAGCCAGCCCCGUCUUCCGCCCAGAACGAGUGUCGAGAGCGCUAGCCAUGGAGCUAAAAACCCUGACUGUCGACACGGUGAAGAAUGUUCUACAAGCCGACCGAUCCCAGCCUUGACGGUCGUGUCGUCGCAGCUCGAGGAGACAAAGCUCAAAGCUGAAGCUGGCGAAAUGCAACAAAAUGUGCACCUGAGAGAAACAACAAAUCCAAAUGGAUCCGUUUAUGUCGAUGUCAUCAUUAUCGCUGGUGUUUAUGUCUUAUUUUCUCUUAUUAUGUCUGCUAUAUUAGCUAAUAGGAGGGUAAAGGUCGGGCGAGGAGCUCGGCCAUCCGAGUAGAGCAGAGGAGUAGAGGUGGCUCGGGCAUCUAGUCCGGACGCCUCCCUGGUGAGGUGUUGUGGGCAUGCCCGGCUGGGAGAAGGCCCCGGGGAAGACCUAGGACACGCUGGAGGGAUUAUGUCUCACAGCUGGCCUGGGACGCCUUGGUGUCCUCCCAGUGGAACUGGAAGAGGUGGCCAGGGACCAGGAAGUCCGGACUUCUUUGUGACCCGGACCCGGAUAAGCAGAAGAAAGCGGAAUGGAAGGGAAUAUGAAGGUGACUAUAGGGGUGUUAUUUCAUGUCUAGAGGGCUCUAAUCGUGUUAAAAUGGUUGACAGGCAUUUAAAAAUAAGGAAUCCUACUUUGCGGAAAUGGACUCAUCACGGUCUGGUCUGGAACCAAUGCGGUGACGAGUUUCAGUUUGAAUUAUGUUGACAAGCACUUGUGUCCAGUCAGGCCAUCCGAGGGGGCGUCGACUUGCACGGGUUCCUCUGUAUGAAACGUGUCUGCUGCUCCUCACCACGUCACCACAGCAUGAAGUUAGUUGGUAAAAAAAAUCCAAGCCGAAUUCUUACGACUUCCCAGCAGCCUGGAAAGCACAACAUGACAUGGACAAAAGUAUAUGGACACAGCUCUUAAUCGGUCAAUGAAUGAAUGAAUGAAUGAAUGAAUGAAGGAUAGGUUGGACUGGAGUCCGACUUGUCUCUCAAUCGUCAUGCUUCAUCUUAACAGGACAUGAAGUACAAUUCUUCACAAAACUUCCAUCUUUGUGGGACCACUUUUGGGGAAGAACCUAGACUUUGCUGUGGAAGAAGUCCUUCAGAAUUCCUGGAGACACACCCCCACAUCCUGAAGAAAGUCUUCCCACAAGACUGGAAGCUGAUCUGAAGCCUCCACACGUCCUUCACUCUCCUCAGGGCAUUGAAUGCAUCUCAACCGGACUGUUCAGACGUUUGGCCUCUCAUCCGAGCAGGCUUCAUCUGUCAGUGACUAGAUAGGACAGGGCAGGAUAGGACAUUGUUACCACUCAAUGGACUACUAAUGAGGGUCCAUCCAUCCAUCCAUCCAUCUUCUUCUGCUUAUUUGAGGUCGGGUUGCGGGGGCAGCAGUCUAAGCAGGGAAGCCCUGCUGCUUCGUCCAGCUCCUCUCGGCAGAUGCUGAUGCGUUCCUAGGCCAGUUGAGAGACAUAGUCUCUCCAACGUGUCCUGGGUCGUCCCCGAGGCCUCCUGCCGCUCGGACGUGCCCUGAACGCCUCCCCGGGGAGGCGUCCUGCCCAAGCCACUUCAUCCGUUUCAGUGCUUCUCACUAACGAGGGUGACUCCACCCAAACGACCAUCUUUGUCCUACAGUAUCUAGUCCUUGGGCAUGACCUGAAGAAUGGUCUUCUAGGACAACCAAAACAGUCCAGGUGCCCUCCAUUCAACGCCCUGAGAGUACAAAGACCCGGUGAACGACAAUGUUCACUUCUCACGUGGCCAGCCGCACCACGUGAGAAGUGGUGCGGCUGGCCCAAUACUUAUGUCCACGCGGUGU